AUCGUUAUCGUCAUCGAGAACAGCUGUUUUUGAUUCUUUACAUACUUAAAUUUAAAAUGACGAACCAUAUAGUUAAAGUGCUACAGCGCACCCAGCUAAGUCACAGCCAAACGGAUGUGAAACAUUUUAUCUAUAUACACAGCAAGUGGUUAGAGGAUGUGACAGAGCUGGACCUGUUGCUCACAACUAGUAAUAACAGUUAUAAAGCAAUUUUAAAGCAUGAUGAAAUUAAAAGCGCUGCGGAAGACCUAGAGCAACCGUAUGACGAAUUCUAUGCGGAAUGUAAAAAGGCUCUUGUAACACAAAUGGGACUGCCGGACUUCGACUACGAACUGGAUGAGCAGCAGGCAUGCUUUAAGCUCUUCAAGUGCACCGGCUUCGAAACGCUUUAUAUAGAUCUGCCCCUGCGCAAGGCAUCCAAUUGCUAUCAAAUGCUGGAUGCCGCCAUUGAGAGUGCACAACGGGCAGCAACGCUCACUGAAGCACCAGCUGCUAAGGUCGAUGCUGCUGAUGGGCCAGGUGAGCAGUCCAAAGAACUGCUCACAGAAUACGAGCAUUACGUUAAAGAGUCCAAGAUGGCCGAAAAAAAAUUGCUCAAAAAAUUCAUAUUGCUUAUUAAUAGCAAAAAGCAGCGCAUUGAAGAGCUUGAGCGGAUGCUGGAACAGCGUGCUAAUGUUGCAGCUAAUGCAGAUACUGAUGAAGAGGUUGAGAAUAAUGAAGAGAAUGAUGCUGGGGAUGACGAUUCUUAUGGCGACGAUACGCAAGUCAUGUCCCAAAAAGAACUCAUGCGGGAGUGAUUGCCAUUCCAGAGUUUUCAAAUUCAAUUCUCAAUUUUGGGAAUUAU